AGACUAAGCAGAACAAUGGCAUGAAAAGCUACUUCUGAAGGGCAUUUUCUGCCAGCGGAACGAAGAUGUUGAGACUUUUGGAUGCGGGGGGGGAACAAGAGAGGGACGGACGCCCGGCCAGCAGUUGCCUGGCAACGCCCGCAGGCGGAGUCCCAGCCUAAAUAAGGUCCGGCCGAAGUGUCACUGGUCCAAAGUGGGACCUGGCAGCCCGUUCUCUCAGCGCCGGUGGUUUCCGCCCUUUGGCGGGCUAGCACAAGGGAAAUGCUGCAGGAAGACUCCGAUCUGUCUCUCAUUAUCGCUCAUAUUGUCCAAAAGCUCAAAGGAUCCAAUCUGUACUCUCAGCUGGAGCGGCAGGCCUGGGCCUGUCUUCAGAGACCUGAGAUUAAACUUGAAUCACUGAAGGAAGAUAUUAAGGAGUUCUUUAAAAUAUCAGGUUGGGAGAAGAAACUCCAGAAUGCUGUUUAUAGUGAACUGAAUGUGUUUCCUUUACCUACUCAUCCUGCUGCACCUCCUGAACAUCUUAAAGAACCUUUGGUGUACAUGAGGAAAGCACAGGGAAGUUGGGAAAAAAGAAUUUUGAAGAGUUUAAAUAGUAUGUGCACUGAACUCAGUAUUCCACUGGCACGGAAGAGGCCAGUUGGAGAACAGAAAGAACUUCUCAAUAAAUGGAAUGAAAUGGGAACUGAUGAACCAGAUUUAAGCCUUUUCAGACCUGUUUAUGCACCUAAGGAUUUUCUUGAGGUAUUAAUUAAUCUCCGCAAUCCAAAUUAUGAAAAUGGUGAUUCUGUUAGUUUCAGGAGUCAUUUGGGUUUAAUCCAACUUCCUCUGAAAGUAAAAGACAUCCCUGAAUUGAAAGAAUUCUUUGUAGAACUUGGCUUAAAUACAGGACAACUGGGUAUAGAUGAUUCUACACAAGUGCCUCCUGAACUUUUUGAAAAUGAACAUGUACGUAUAGGGCAGAAAGUUCUCGCAGAACAAGAUAGUGCUGCGGCUCAACAGUAUGUCAGACAAGGAAGCCCCACAGCACUGAGAGCUGAAUUGUGGACUCUCAUUCUGAACAUUUCCAGUCAGCCUGAGGAUAUCUUGUAUUAUGAGCAGCUCAAGACCAACGUGAUUCAACAUGACCUUUUGGUGGACAAUCUAAUAUAUAAAGAUGUAAAAUUGACGGCAAGCAAUGAUGAUUAUUAUUUUGUAUUUGAAGAUUAUUUAUAUCAGGUCUUACUUUGUUUUUCCCGGGAUACAUCCGUGUUGGCUCACUUUGCAUACAACAGUGCUUCACCACCGAAAUCCUACAUAAGAGGAAAACUCGGACUAGAAGAGUAUGCAGUCUUUUAUCCACCAAAUGGUGUAAUCCCUUUUCACGGAUUUUCAAUGUAUGUUGCACCACUUUGUUUUCUGUACCACGAGCCUUCCAAACUGUACCAGAUAUUUCGCGAGAUGUAUGUGCGUUUUUUCUUCAGACUCCAUUCCAUCUCUUCUCACCCUUCUGGUAUUGUGUCCUUGUGUUUGCUGUUUGAAACGCUUCUUCAGACAUACCUUCCUCAGCUCUUCUAUCAUCUACGUGAAAUUGGGGCUCAACCGCUUCGCAUAUCAUUUAAAUGGAUGGUUCGAGCUUUCUCUGGAUACUUAGCUACAGAUCAACUCUUGCUUUUGUGGGACAGAAUUUUAGGAUACAACUCUUUGGAAAUUCUUGCUGUCCUGGCAGCUGCCGUGUUUGCUUUCCGAGCAGUGAACCUGAUGGAGGUGACAUCACUGGCUGCAGCUGAAGCAGUUCUCGCUGACCUUUCCACCUUAAAAGUUAUGCCUCUUCUUCAGAUUUUUCUGUUUGCAACUGUCACCUGAUCUUCAGGGUCACACAGAAAACACAUCGAGCUUUUCAUUAGAAACUAAUCAUGAACUAUGCAAACUCUGCAUAAAACCAAAAUGAAACUUUGCAUAGAAGCCAAUAAAGAUCAUGUUCCCUUUGCAGUUA